AGGCUCAAAGGGGAGCUCCUCCGGAAGCGCAAAGUGGAUACUCAACGUUCCGAUUUGGAACGUUGGGGAGGGCGGCCGCGCACUCUGAUUGGCUGUCCGUGAAGUCUCCGCGUUCUGGGCUCGCCAGCAGCCGCGGCGGUGCCUGCGGGGAGAUCGCGGCGCCUGGGAGUGGCAGACAAUGGAGACCUUUGCCCAGAAACGGCAGAACAGUGACGGAAACAGCUUGGGCCGCCUGGUGGAUUUCCUCCUAGCCAACGCGAGGGUGGUCUUGGGCGUCAGCGGAGCGGCGGUGCUGGCGCUGGCGACUCUUGCUGUGAAGCGGUUCAUAGACAGAGCCACCAGCCCACCGGACGACGACGAAGACAUGAAGGCCAAGCAGAAGUCCCACGAAGAGAGCUGGCAGGAGCUCAGUUUGACCCGGGCAGUGCCAAAACCGCAGCUCACGUUGACACGGGAAAAACUGGAGGAGCCCCUGCUCUUGCCCGUUGUGAGUGGCACGGCUCAAGAACCAGAGGACGUGGUUCCAUCUCCGGAGACGCUUCCAGCGGAACCGAAGCCCUUGCUGUGCCUCACGCUUCAGGAGAAGCUCCUUGUGCGCUACCGGGAUUGUGUGUCCGCCUCGGAGCCCAGAGAGAUCCUGGGGAAACGGCUGGCAGAAGAGAUCUGUUCUGAGUUACAGAAGAGCCUGAAAAAAUACUUCAAUCUACCCUUCGGCAGCGCGUUCCUUAGCGGCAACCUCUGCGAUGGUCCGGUUGGAAGAGGAACCCUGGAGGUCAACUUCGUGCUUCCUCUCGUCCUCGAACCGGACCUUUGGGCCCCGAUCCCAGGGGAGGAGACGGUAGUUAAUGACCCCCGCGUCUGGAUGAUCAAGCGGACGGGUUUGGAGUACUUCCUGCGCGGAAGCAGCCCUUGGGAUAAGUUCGUCGUGGGUGGGUAUCUCUCCUCCAACGCCAUCGUCAAUGCUCUCCGGAAGGUGUUGGAGGCCUCCAUCAACUGGCUGGCCAUUGGGAGCGUGCUGGAGUGCGUGGUCCGACCGGUGGUGGCUCCCGAGGAGCUCAAACUCGAAGUCAGGCAUGAGCAGAUCAGCCUGGAUAUAACCCUCUGCCCGAUGACGGAAGCUGGGGACAAAACCCUUCUCGCUGCAUCCUUUGAACGACCGGCUGAGAAUUUCUGGCAGCGAAGCUUCUACGCUAUGGAGGUCUCUAGACUGAAAGAUCUGGACGAGACGGAUUCCGGGAUCCGGCAGUGUUGCCUUCACCUCUUGAAGGCUGUCUUCGAAGACCACCCUUGCUGGUGCAAGCUAAGCAGCAGCCAUUUUAUUCAUGUCCUCCUACACCUGAGUGAAACUGAAUCCGAUUGGUCAGAGGCGGCCCUGGCCGACCGGUUCCGGCAGGCCCUAGAAGAACUACUCCGAUAUCUGGAGGAAGCUUCCUUCCCUUGCUAUUUCGACAGCCGGAUCAACCUUUUGGGGCACCUGAGCUUGGAGGAGAUCGACGAGAUCGGCUACACGUUGUACGAGGCUCUCGCGGAACCCGAUCUUUGGAACGGACUCGGUUUCUAAAUGUUUUUGACGGGGACACCUGCGCUUUGUGUCCACAUGAAGUGGGGGGUUGAACUGCUCAGAAAGACCCCCUUUCAGCUGGACUGGUUCUUGGCACAUAACAAAUUCAAAUUACGGAUUUUGAAGAAAUAAUAAAUAACGGACUUGGAAGGAAAAGGGGCUGGGGGCAAGAGAAGUCCUCUCUCCCCCUCCGGAGCCUUUUCUUGCACUGCUGUCCGACCCAGAAAUCCUAUCUGGAGUGGAUGCUUUUACUGCACACGUGUGGAUUCAGACAACCCUUCCAAUCUCGGAAGUCGGCACAAAGCCGCUGCAUGCCUUGGGGGUUUGCCCCAAAGACCGAUGCAGUGAAUCCAUACAGAGACCCUGAAAUUCUCCCUGUGCCAUUGUAGUCAGCAAUACGUUUUAGCAGCGUGUGGCGUGAAGUCCAGAGCUCAGAGGGAAAUUGCAAAUUUGUCUUUUGCGCGGGGUGGGCCGGCCUCAGAUCAGAGCUGAAGCCGAUCUCGUAGGAAGGAAACGAGGGCCUUUGUGUCGCCUGUCAGUCAUAUUUGGUCAGCGGUCGAGAUAAGUGCCGGAGGGGUGGGGUGGAAUCGGUGUCCAGAUCUUGGUCAACCUUGGAAAGAUAAACGGGAACAGGCUGGUGGUUUUGGCUGAUCAAGGUCUGUAGCGCUAGCGUUAUGCUUGCUAAAGCGCCUCUAAUCCUAAAAAUGUCUGCCUUAUGGUUUUUCCCUCCCCGUGCCUCUUUUUGUAUUAGACCCCACGGGGUGCAUAAGUUUUCCUAGCCCCCUGAUAAUGUCUAAUUUUGUACUGACGCAAGCGGAUGCGAUUACAGGAUUGUAGGGAGAUUCUAUUCUCCCGUGAAAGGCGUCCCCAAGUCCCUUUCCCUUGAUAUGUAAAAUAAAGCUUUUUUUUUUUUAGCUAGAGACCUAUGCUGUACUCACUUUGCAUAAAAUGAGAACUACAAGAAAGAGAAUCCUGUGUCUCUUCCCCCCCCCCACCCCCAAAACCUUGCUUGAGCAUAAAAUGCCACGGGUGUUCUAGAGGAAGUCUAAACGUAAGUGCGUGUCACUAGCGAGCACAGCUCACUGUGUGCAAGAUGUUUUCCCCGUUGCGUCAUUUCUGUGUUGAAACUCUGGCUAGAGUUACCUUUGACCGCUUUGUGUUCUAAAAGAACUUUCUGAAAUGCAGCUGCAGCCUCAGCAAAAUGGUACAGCUGUCCGGGUAUCAAAAUAAAUGAACUGUACAAUAACGGGGCAAAUGUACAAUGGUGUGCAGCGGUUAUUUUUUAGUUUGGCUAACAAUAAACCAUACGUAGGGCAUUGCGGAA